AUGGGGAAUCGAAAGCUCUUUGUGGCCACAGUUUUGACCGUGACUUUAUUCCCUAUUUCUGAUGUUCUUCACAUCAUUCCUAAAAGGAUUUCGAUGCACGUACAUGGGCCUGAAGAGGCUGCAAGUCACGAAUUUGCAAUCCAAUGCAAGAAUUGGGCCAAUAAAAUAGGUCGUAACGUUGUAGAUGAGCUUGCAGGGAUGCUCUCCAAACGUGAAAACUGUGGUAAAAUUAGUAUUGUGGUGGCGCCCUCUGGAUAUACAUCUGAAGCAAAGAAAGCCGGACGGGAGCAAGGCAUAAUCUUGACAAACGUAAAAGAUUUAUACAAUUAUCUUUUUGAUAAAAUUGCCAAAAAACAAAAAGCAGAAUUUAAAAAAAUGUAG